CUUCUUCCGUUAACCUCAGGCAAACAUGUCCAUUUAUAAGAUCCACGCUCGUGAAAUCUUGGACUCGCGUGGGAAUCCCACCGUUGAGGUAGACCUGUACACCAGCAAAGGUCUCUUCAGAGCCGCAGUUCCCAGCGGUGCUUCCACCGGCAUCUACGAAGCCUUGGAACUGCGGGACAAUGACAAGACUCGCUUUCUGGGCAAAGGUGUCUCAAAGGCUGUUGAGCACAUCAAUAAAACUAUUGCACCUGCACUGGUUAACAAGAACAUAAGCGUUGUGGAGCAGGAGAAGAUUGACAAGCUGAUGCUGGAGAUGGAUGGGUCAGAGAACAAAUCUAAGUUUGGUGCCAAUGCCAUUCUGGGUGUCUCCUUGGCCGUGUGCAAAGCCGGUGCCUCUGAGAAGGGCGUCCCCUUGUACCGCCACAUCGCCGACUUGGCUGGGAACCAGGAAGUCAUUCUCCCAGUCCCUGCCUUCAACGUCAUCAAUGGGGGCUCCCAUGCCGGGAACAAGCUGGCCAUGCAGGAGUUCAUGAUCCUCCCUGUUGGGGCCGAGAACUUCAAGGAGGCCUUGCGCAUCGGGGCUGAGGUGUACCACAACCUGAAGAAUGUCAUCAAGGAGAAGUAUGGGAAAGAUGCGACCAAUGUGGGUGACGAAGGCGGUUUUGCUCCCAACAUCUUGGAGAACAAGGAAGCUCUGGAGCUGCUCAAGACUGCCAUCAGCAAGGCUGGAUAUUCUGACAAGAUCGUACUGGGGAUGGACGUGGCAGCUUCUGAAUUCUACCGUGAAGGCAAGUACGACCUGGACUUCAAGUCGCCCGAUGACCCCAGCAGGUACAUCACUCCUGACCAGCUGGCUGACCUCUACAAAGGCUUUGUCAAGAGUUACCCAGUGGUUUCCAUUGAAGACCCCUUUGACCAAGACGACUGGGCCGCUUGGAAGAAGUUCACAGCCAGUGUGGGCAUCCAGGUGGUUGGGGACGACCUGACGGUGACCAAUCCCAAGCGUAUUGCUAAAGCCGUGGAAGAGAAAUCUUGCAACUGCCUGCUGCUCAAAGUGAACCAGAUUGGUUCUGUCACAGAGGCUCUCCAGGCCUGCAAGCUCGCCCAAUCCAAUGGCUGGGGCGUCAUGGUGAGCCACCGCUCCGGAGAGACCGAAGACACCUUCAUCGCAGACCUGGUGGUUGGACUCUGCACUGGACAGAUUAAGACUGGUGCGCCCUGCCGAUCUGAACGUCUAGCCAAAUACAACCAACUUCUGAGGAUCGAAGAGGAGCUGGGGAGCAAGGCCCGCUUCGCUGGCAGGAACUUCAGGAACCCACGUGUCAACUAAAGCUCUCGGGGCUCAGGCGAGGCACCCCCCUCCUUCAGCGGUUGCAGUUGAAAGCACUAGUCACCUAAUUAGAGAUGCCCCCCACCACUAGACAUGAAGGGCAGCUGAUGGAUCAAGACCCCUUUGCAGGUCCCCU